GUCGACCGACUGACGCCGCCGAAAGAUAGGAGCUUUCUUUUGUUUAUUUCUAUUUCUAGUUUGUUGAUGUGUAUAUUGGAGAUAACAUAGAUUUUAGUUGGUGGCUAAUAAUCCUACUACUAAUAGAACGAGUUCUCUAAUUUACGUUUAAGUCACGCUAGAUGCAAUGGAGGACGUGUGUAUAAAACUUGAGCCCUGCGAUGAUAUCUGUGGAAAAGAAUCGACACUAUCGACAGCAGAGGCAUCCGACGAAGUGUCUGUGAAAGCUGAGCGUUGGCAGGAUAUCAGUGUAAAAAUCGAGCCUGAUGACGGUGUGCGCGUAAAAGGAGUCCCGUCGUAUGAUGAGAAUGUAAAAAUCGAACCGUCUUGCUCGAAGGCGCGUGGCGUUAACGCUACGGAGACAUCAGGGUUAUAUGCUGACCAUAUUGUAAAAGAUGAGCUAGUGCUCGGCCCCUAUAUAAUGGAGAAGCCAAUGCAAGGGAAACCUCAAGAAAAGGAACAAAGUGGGAAACCCCGUAAUUACAAAUGUGGCCAUUGUAGUUACGCAACAGCCAGAAAGUUUUCUUUAGUACGUCAUAUGAAGGUUCACACAGAGUCCCACCUGUCUAAUAAAUGUGGGCUAUGUGGAUAUACUAGUAAAAAAAAGCAAAAAUUAACACACCACAAAAAGAAUUGCACUGGAAAUAAGCCAUACAAAUGUAGCCAAUGUAGCUUUACCAGUGUCUCUAAAAAUGGUUUAUUAAUUCAUGGCGUGAUUCAUGGUGACAAAAAGUACAAGUGCGACCAGUGUAGUUACGAGACUGUCAGAAAGUCCUCACACGUACGUCAUAUGAACACACAUGUUCGUGUGAAGGUCUACAUAUGUAGCCAGUGUAGUUAUGCUGCUGCCUCUAAACAUGAUUUAAUCAUUCACAAAACUAUUCACAUGGACAGAAAAUACAAAUGUGACUAUUGCGGUUAUGCGACUGCAAAAAAGUUAGUCUUAGUAAGUCAUGUAAGGACACACACCGGCGAGAAACCUUUCGAUUGUAAAGACUGUAGUUAUACCACUACCACCAAAUCAAAUUUAAUGCUCCAUAUGAAAAUGCAUGCCGGACAGAAACUUUACAAAUGUGGCCAAUGCAAUUUUGCUACCGUACACCAACGAAGUUUGAAAUGUCAUAAACAAAACCACUCUAAUGUAAAGCCUUACAAAUGUGGGCAAUGUGAUUACGCUUCUGUGCGCAAAAGCAAUUUAAAAAGCCAUGAAUUGACGCACACUGGUAAGAAGCCACACCAAUGUGGCCAAUGUAAUUUUGCUACUGCACAUAAAAAUAGUUUACGAGAACAUGAAAAGAUACACAUUGGAGACAAGCCUUACAAAUGUGGCCAAUGUAAUUAUGCUAGUAUUCACAAACACAAAUUAAGAUAUCAUAAAGAAAGGGUACAUACAAAGGUAUGCAGCGCUGAAAAACCAUACAAAUGUGACCAAUGUGAUUUUGCUACUGCCCUCAAAGAUAGUUUCACGUCACAUAAAUGGAUGCAUUCUGGUGAAAAGCCAUACAAGUGCGACCAAUGUAGUUAUGGAAGUGCCCACAGACAUAAUUUACGAACUCAUAAAAUGUUGCACACUGGUAAGAAGCCCUACAAUUGUGGCCUAUGUAGUUAUGCAACUGUACGAAAAUAUAUGUUGCGAGACCAUAUAAUGACCCACACUGGUGAAAAGCGACACAAAUGUGAUCAAUGUGAUUAUGCUGCAGUCCAUAAAAGUACUUUACUGAGCCACAAGAAGAAGCACAAAGGAGAAAAGGGCGGUAAAACUGCCGCAGAAACCUGCCCUCCAGCCACUUCAGAACAACUUGCUGAUCAAACUUGUGUAAAACUUGAAUUUGUACCAGUAUCUUUUGAAGCGCCACCAGAUUGCCAGGACGAGAUUGCAAUGAAAAUGAAAAAGGAAGAAUAUACAGACGAAGACGCAAUUUUAAGCUAGGUGCUUUGAAUUUAUUAUGAAAAUUAUGCUUAAUGUUAUUUUUAUUUUUUAUUGUAUGGCACAUUUUGAAAGGUUAGCAUUUGAACACUUCAUUCUCGUAGCAAUUGAGUGAAGACCAUAGACUACAUUAAAGCAACCUGAAUCUACUAAAUAUAUAUGUACUGAGUACUGAGAAGACUAUCACAGGAUGAAACGAAGGAAAACGAAAUGCUAAAUGCGAAGAAAAUAAUAUUUAUUUAGAAAACAUAACAUAAACUGGAGAUUCUUGAAAACAAUGCAUUGAUUACAAUGAUACAAAUGCAGGUUGGAAUGUAACAUGGAAUGUGAAGCGAAAACUCAUGGUCAUUGGAGGUGGGGCAUGCUGAAACAAAUAACAUUUGUGAGGAAAAUGUAUAUUACGAAAUGAAGAAAAUGCCGAUACCUGCAACAUGAGCUAAGCAUAGACCAGACAAAGAACUUGUAAAAGCAUGCCAUUGAAUACGGUAAAAAAGUAGAGCCCAUGAUAUUGGAUGGCAUUUUUAACCAACUUCAAGAUUUCAAAGGAGGAGGCUCUCAAUAGUCUCAAUUCGGUUUCAUGUGUUCAGUGUUGUUAACAGAACUGACUCUAUAAUAAAAUGAUUAUUUGAUUUUCCGUUACUUCCUUUGUGUUCAGGACAAGUCUGAACAUAGCUUAUAAAUAUUGUAUGUUCACUUUUAGCGCUAAUAUUUGUUGCUUGCAAUAUUUUAGGAUAAGUUUGUCUAUGGCGCGCUGUCAGCGCGCUC